AUGGCUUCUCACAAUCCUUCAGAUAACAGUAUGCAGCACGUCAUCAAGGAAUUGGAAAACCUCCAGCUCUCUGAAGCUGCGAAGGCGUACCUCCUGGAGUUACUCAAGCACAUGGACAAUCGCGACAAGGAGUGGUCCAAAGUCGUCAAGAUGUGGGAAACUUUUGAGAGCAUCUCAUCAGGUCCAAACAAAGCCAUGACUGAGAUUAUGCGUAACGUUCAAGAGAUUUUCAUGAAAGACGAUGACUUUCUCAAGCACUUGUACAAAGAACGAUGGACAACGCGAGUGCCGCCGCUCCAGACUCUGAGGCUGUUCAAUAUGGCCCAGACUGCGGAAGACGUGGUUGCCGCCUUCGAAAAAGGACCUCGAAAGCGUAUCCCCAAUGCUGCUCGUAAUCAACUACGUUUGGCUCAAUCUCACAUCAUUGCCAUCAUCGACAACAUCGACGAGUGCCAAACCGUCAACAACGAGCUGCGCAAGCUGUUCCAGAACCAUGAGCUUUACUCAAUGAACCUUGAUAAAUCCAUUCUUGAGAGCUUGCAGAAGGUUCAAGACUUACUCGACAAGUUUUCCAAGUUUCUCGAGAAGGAGCGUGAGCGCCAGGGCAAAGACUCGCAGGCCUGGCAAAAACUGAUCAAUAAAAUCGACAAGAACCUGGAGCAGCAGUCCAUGGAGGGAAAAUGUACUGCUCGUACUGCUGCGAGGAUCGUCAGGACUGGCCAACGACAACGAAAAGAGAUGAGCAGACAACAUCAAUUGAUUCUGCUCUUUUACAUGAUUGAAAACAUUGACUCACUCAAUUCAACGUGA